UCUGGAACCAGGGUGGUUGUCAAGCGGUGUUGGAGUUGGGAGUCCUUGCCAUUGGUACAAGAGCAAGAAGCAAGGACAGGGAGGGGCGAGAGGAGGAAGAAAGCGAGGGACACUAGAAAGGUGCUUGCUUUGUUUCCAGUUGCUUCUUCUCUCUCCCUGGGCGGGAGAGAAAGAAGCAGGAGAGAUAUGGGCGAGAUGGUCGUGGCCGGGUAUGGCAUGGACAAGGCUCUGCGGGCCAGCGUCAGCUUCGACACGCCAUGCGGCGCGCUGCUGCGCGAGCUUGAGCAAAUAUGGACAGAGAUUGGGGAGCGUGAACAAGAUAAAGAUCGCAUGUUCCUUGAACUGGAAACAGAGUGCAUGCGUGUGUACCGUAGAAAGGUUGAUAGUGCCAAUGCUGAGAGAGCCCAGCUCCGUCAGUCACUGAUGGCCAAAGAAGCAGAGCUUAAAGCUCUAGUUGCUUCUAUCGGGGAAAAUGGCCCACGAUUUACGGUGGAUGAAAAGCACACAUCGUUGAAAGAUCAACUUGCUGCAGUGGCACCUCUUUUGGAAGAUCUUAGAGUAAAGAAACAAGACAGAGUCAAACAAAUCUCAAAUGUGCAAUGUCAAAUCGAGAAGAUAAAAGCACAAAUUUCUGAUCACAAUUAUCAGGACAGUGAUGGUUCCAUCAAACAACUUAACGAUGACCAUGACUUAUCGACCAGAAGAAUUUCUGAUCUUCAAAUGCAACUGCGUAAUCUACAGAAGGAGAAGUCCGAUCGUCUUCAGAAGGUUUUUAUAUAUGUGGAUGAAGUGCACAGCCUAUGUGCAGUGCUUGGGAUGGAUUUUCCAAAGACUGUAAAAGAGGUCCACCCGAGUUUGCAUGGAUCCAACUCUGAAAAUUCAACAAAUAUUAGUGAUAGCACUCUUGAAGGUCUUACUCAGACUAUCCUGAAGCUCAAAGCAGAAAAGAAGACAAGAGUUUUAAAGUUGCAAGAGACUGUAGAAAAACUUCACAAGUUAUGGAAUCUGAUGGAGUCAACUGAGAAAGAGAGGAUACACUUCUCUGAAGUAGCUGCUAUUCUUGGAUCUACUGAGGAAGAGAUCAAUUCUCCAGGCAUUCUGUCAUUGGAGACAAUUCAGAAGACUGAAGAGGAAGUCGAAAAGCUAACUGUACAAAAAACUAGUAGAAUGAAGGAGCUUGUUCUCAAGAAAAGGUUAGAACUAGAAGGCAUCUGUAGAAAUGCACACAUGGAGCCUGAUAUGAGCACAGCACCAGAGAAGAUCACCGCGCUGAUUGAUUCCGGUUUAGUGGAUCCUUGCGAACUCCUUUCCAGCAUUGAAGUGCAAAUAACAAAAGCAAAUGAAGAGUCCUUAACGAGGAAAGAUAUCAUGGAGAGAGUGGAUAAAUGGCUAUCAGCUUGUGAUGAAGAGACUUGGCUUGAGGAAUAUAACCAAGAUGAUAAUAGGUAUAGUGCUGGCAGGGGUGCCCACUUGAAUCUUAAGCGUGCAGAGAAGGCAAGGAUAACUGUCCAAAAGAUUCCAACUAUGAUUGACAGCUUGAUAGCCAAAACUUUUGCAUGGGAGGAUGAAAGAAAUGUGCCAUUUUUAUAUGAUGGGAUUCGUUUGGUUGCCAUUUUGGAAGAGCAAAAACUCAGAAGGGCACAAAGGGAGGAAGAGAAGAGACGCAGCCGGGAUCAGAGGAAGCUGCACAGUUUAUUGCUUAAGGAGAAGGAGUUGAUUUUCGGGUCCAAACCUAGUCCUAGAAAGACAAGCAGCUUCAAUAGGAGGACCAGCAACCACCAUCCAAACGCAAAUGGCGCUGGAUUCAUGACUCCGGUGCCACGCCGAGUUUCAGCUGGCAGUGCCACCCCAGAGCUUCUGACCCCACGCUCGUAUUCUGGCCGGUACAACAACUACUUCAAGGAGAACAGGCGCCUGACAGCUGCACCACUGAACUUCUCAGUUGGUUCCAAGGAGGAUAGCAUGUCAUCCUUCGCAUCCAUCAGUGGCUCGGAACCUGAUUCGCCAUUGUUUUUGCACUAAGUGUUGGUUAGGGAGGAGACUUCUUGGUGAGAAGGGUGGAUAGCCUCAAGAUCGGACCAUUGUGUGUGUGUGUGUGUGGCAGCUGUUAACAUUGCUGAUUGGUAACAACAGGUUGUGACAAGUUUAGAUGCGAUUGCUUGUAGAUAUAAUAUCUAACAUUCAUGGUUCUGCUGUACUUCCAAAUUUAAGUUGUAAGUCGUUUGGUUAGGAAGGAUGCAAUGCCCAAGUGUGCAAUGUAUUUGUUUCGUGUUAAGUCUGUAUGUUUUGCAUGUGAAGAAAGGGUGAUUUUUUUUUGUC